GUUCCUUCCAUUUUUCCUAAUCAUUUCCAUUUUUCUAUGGAUUACUUUCUUUCAACCGUAUCUCUCGUUCUCUCCAUUUCCUCAUUUUCCUCCUCAGUGUAUCAAAGUAAUGCCCGGAGAUGUACGGACUGUACUGCGUGACAGCGAGAUUCCUCAGCCGCUUCAUAUUCCGCACAAAGGGCCGGACUCCGAAGACGGCAAGUCCGGAAUAUACGUCUCGCGUAGGGAAGUCAAGGUCUUUCCCACGCUAGGCAUGAGGGAGCGGUUUGUCAGGGCCCUGCUGCCCGAGCUCGCAGACCCGGAUUGCAUCCUUUUCUGGGACCCUCUAGUGGAAUCGAGUGCCUCUUUAGUUAAAGUAUCUCUAAUUGUACGGGGUCGCCGACCUAAUUGUACGGGGUCCGCACAGACCCCCGGAAUUCCGCCACACCUGUGGCAGGCUGAGGCUCGGCCAAAAAAAAAAUCCAGAGCAAAAAGAUCGGUUUGAGCGUUUGGGGAUAAUGUGUAUUGUGGCCUUGGGGAUCUAUCGCAAGGAAAUCAG